AUGACUGCUGUGGCAUCGCCGCCUAGUGUACAAUCGGGGCCUCGUUUGGGAUGGUACACGUCUGGUAACGGUAACGGUGGCCAAGGAGCUCUCUCUUCCAUGAACGCCGACGAGGUUUCACGCAUGUUUGUGCCACGCAAGGCCCUUCAGAGAUCGAACUCCUCGUCCUCUUUGAACUCCACCUCGUCCACGGCAACCGUGACCACGGCAUCGCAGAAUUCUAAUGCGGCUCAACCUUCGAACGCCGACUCCGCUACUUGGUCCUCGAAGAAGAAACCUUCAAGAAGUAUCUGGCCAAGCUCCAAGUCCGAACCGGUGUCUGGUGUGAGCAACGCGCGUCCCCAGGUGAUGCCCGGCUUUUCGUCCGGGCCAGCUGCCUCUUCUGCUAUGGCCGCGAUGCACCAGCCUAACUCGAUCGUUCCGUCUCAGCAUAUGUAUCAGUCGCAACAGAAUGGCGUUCGAGGAGGAAGCGCGCCAUCCGGAGAUCCGCCCGCAAUUCUGACCCUCAUCCCGAUCAACAGCACAUUCGAAAGAAAACAGAUCACCGUACCAUACUAUCCGGAGAUAUUACGCAUCGGACGACAAACAAACGCCAAAACAGCCCCGUCACCGGUGAAUGGAUAUUUCGAUUCCAAGGUCCUGUCUCGGCAGCAUGCUGAGAUCUGGGCUGACAAGUCUGGCAAGAUCUGGAUCAGAGAUGUGAAGUCAUCAAACGGCACUUUCAUCAACGGCAAGCGACUGUCUCCGGAGAACCGCGAGUCUGAACCUCAUGAGCUCCGAGAAAACGACCAGCUGGACCUGGGUAUCGAUAUCAUCAGCGAAGAUCAGAAGACAGUCGUCCAUCACAAGGUGUGUGCUAAAGUCGAACAUGCGGGCGUCUAUGGUACGAUCCCCAAUAUUCUUGAUCUCACGCUGGGAGAUCUUGACCCGGCUUCGGGAGGUGGGCUUUUACCCUCACCUCUCAGUCAGCCAUUAUCGCAUCUGCGCGGGCGGUCGGGUAGCAAUGUCAGCAAUCGCAGUGCGCAGAGUGCUGCCAGCAGCCAGUUCAAUGCAAUGCAACAACAGAGGCAGAUGAACUACUGGAACUCGCCCAUAUCCAUUGAGCAGGUUGUCAAACGACUGACGGCUGAAAUGAAGCAAGCAAAACAACAGUCACAGGAUCUUCGUCAGACGGAUGAGUUCCUCGCGACACUCAUGAAACCAGGACACGCAGAGAAGGAGAAGGAGAAGGCAAAACAUUCUCCCGCUGAGAGUGCCUCUUCUCGUCAGGUCAAUGGAAGACCUAAGAUGCCGCGCGUUGACUCGUUCUCGCGGUUCUCUGAUCCUCCAGCACCACCCCCACAGCAGCCUCUGCCCGAAAAGCCCGAUGCAUUGCCCCGGAAUGGCAUGGAGGCCAUGUCGCCUCUCAAGCGUUCUGAUACAGAAAAGCCAAAGCUAGGAGCCACCGGCUCUCCGGUGUCGCGUGAGUCGAGCCAAAUCCUUUCCCUCAUUGAGGCUUUAUCAACGGCCAAACGUGAGCUUGAUAGCCAAGGGGCUCGCGUGAAAGAACUCGAAAGUCUCCUGCUUCAAGAACGCAAUGCUCGUGAAUCUGCAGAGGAAAGGGCUAGGAAUCUUGAAAUGAAAAACAAGGAGAACCAGGCGAUUGUUCCCACAGAGCCAAAAGAUGUGCACGUGGAUACUCCUUCAGGGAGCUUGGUUGAAGACCAGAAGCCGCAAUCAUUGGAUGCCGAAAAGCCACAAAACCCCGCUGUAGCCGACUCGACGCAAGUCGACGUGUCGGCUGAUGUGCAGACCAGUCAACUCCAGCUUCGCCUCGAGGCGAUGGUGGUGGAGAUGGAAGAAAUGAGGAAGCAGAUUGUUCAUUUCAAGGAGCGUGCGCUCCAGGCUGAAGAUGAGACGGUGCAAACCAGGAAGUCUCUGUCCGAGAUGAUCGAUACGCUGCGGCGAGAGCGCGAAGAAGAUUUGAAGAUUCGCAAAUCCAAGGCUCAGUCGCAGAGUGCUGACGAAUCGAUGCCGUCGACCAGUGCAGGAUCAGAAAACCCCGAGGUCGACUCGGUUCAUUCUCAGCUCCCAACAAUAUCAUCGCAUGAGAAAGGAGUCGAUACAGUAGACACGACAUUCGCAACGCAUCCGCAUCGACGGGAUGUCUUGGAACAUACUAGUCCAUACGCGUCGAUGCUCGGGGUUGUCCUACUGGGUGUGGGCUUAAUGGCCUACCUGAAUGGAUGGCAGAAGAUGGACAAAUGA